GAGCUGCUGGAUUCCAGGCUAAGGGCCUUGAAGAAAGUACUGGAAGACUAUGAAGCGUUCAGGUCAACAGAAGAGACGGAGAGCAAGGAACUUCUAACAGAAGCAGAUGGCAGCAGAGAAAGAGAAGGUAGGGGCAGAGUUCCAGGCACUGCGGGCCUUCCUGGUGGAGCAGGAGGGUCGGCUUCUAAGCCGACUGGAGGUGCUGUCCCGGGAAGUGACACAGAAGCAGAAUGAGAACCUGGCCCAGCUGGAGGGUGAGAUCACUCAGCUGUCCAAACUCAGCAGCCAGAUCCAGGAGACAGCCCAGAAGCCGGACUUAGACUUCCUCCAGGAGUUCAAAAGCACGCUAAGCAAGUGCAGCAGCAUGCCUGCCUCCAAGCCAACCACAGUCUCAUCUGAGAUGAAGAAUAAAGUGUGGAAUGUUUCCCUCAAGAGUUUCGUCUUAAAAGGAUUGCUGAAGAAGUUCAAAGAGGAUCUCCAGGGAGAGCUGGAGAAAGAAGAAAAAGUGGAACUCACUUUGGACCCGGACACGGCCAACCCCCGACUCAUCUUGUCCCUGGAUCUAAAGAGCGUACGUCUAGGACAGCGCGCCCAGGACUUGCCUAACCAUCCUCGUCGCUUCGAUACCAACACCCGCGUUCUGGCGUCCUGUGGUUUCUCCUCUGGGCGACAUCACUGGGAGGUGGAAGUGGGUUCCAAGGACGGCUGGGCCUUCGGUGUGGCCCGCGAGAGCGUGCGUCGCAAGGGUCUCACGCCCUUCACCCCCGAGGAGGGCGUCUGGGCAAUGCAACUCAACAAUGGGCAAUACUGGGCGGUGACCAGCCCUGAGAGGACGCAGCUCAACUGUGGGCAACUGUCGCGGGUGAGGGUGGCGCUGGACCUUGAGGUGGGAGCUGUGUCCUUCUAUGCAGUGGAGGACAUGCGCCACCUCUACACCUUCCGCGUCAACUUCCAGGAGCGGGUGUUCCCCCUUUUCUCUGUUUGCUCUACUGGCACCUACUUGAGAAUCUGGCCUUGAAGAGCUCUGUCCUGGGGGCGGGUGGGGGUGGGGGGACAGGGCACAGGUGAACUCUCCUCCGUGAGACCGAGAUACUUUAUCUUGGACCUUCCUUCACACUCCUACUUCAGCUGCCCAAGAAGGCUGUCACACAGCACAACAUAGGCACUGAAAACCGACUGAGCAAAGAGGCGCAAAGGGUAACUAAUGGCACAGCGAAGAGAUGCCUUGGACCCUUGGCGCCUGCUGGCUCCCGUAAUGUUCCUGCAAAUUGCGUCUGAACUCCACAGGAGAGGGGUCGCUCACUGGCAUAAAAGCCCAGCUUUAAGCAAGGGUGCUUCCUAUCACAAGGGCUUACUUACUGCCUUGAUUCUGAAGGGUCCCUGUUUACACAGAACAAUGUCAAAGACUGGUACCCUUGGGAAGGGUGUGGUUUGGCCUUUGGGCCCAUCAUGUAUUACUUUACAUUUGCGACAGCUGCAGGCUCUGCUCUGCCUGGAGAGGUCAUUGAGUCCUCCGGAUCCAGCUGGCCUGGCUGGGUUGUUUAUUCAGGGAGGAGCAUUGUGGCUUCCCAAUUAGAGGCCAGUCUGGCUGGGAUCUGAACGGAGACUCAUGACCUACGGAAGAGGCCAGAACUGCAGUAUACACAUAGGAGCACACCGCUGUUCUCCAGAACUCUUUAUAUGCACCCUUUACCGCACUGACUGCCAAUGUGUGGUCACAGAUGCCUCAAGCCUCACAUUUUCCUUCGAGUAAGGAAAUCAGAGGUUUUGGAACUGUGAAACACAAGUUGAUACUUAGGAGUUUACAGAUGCAGCUAGCACCAGUGUAGAGCUGCACACAGCACAAGCCCAGUCUUGACAAACCCCUUCUGGAACUUUCUAUAUCUAUGCAAACACCAGAAUAUCCUGGUGGCAAGGAUUGCUGGACAUCUGCCCUGGAGAGGCAGGCCAACCUCCUUAGCCUCUUGACUGGCUAUUGUUCCAUAGCAUUUACAAAGCUGGACAAAGAAGGGCAGGAGUGGGCUGUUCCCUGCUUAGUUCUCUGCUUGGAAGUGGGAGACGAGGUGGAAAUAUAGAUUAAAAGCACAUUUCUAGGGG